AUGCAAGCAGAGAAGAAUUAUGCCAGAGAUUACAGCGAUGCAAUAAAAUCCAAACAGGCUGUCAAUGGUGAUUACUCAAACACAGGUUAUGACCGAGGGCAACUCAACCCCAGCAGUUUCCAGUGUGGGGAUGGUCGUAUAGCUACAUUCACCCUGACCAACAGUGCACCUAUGGAUGCUUCUUUCUACACUGUCCACUUGAAACAGUGGGAGGAAUGUGUGAAGGGUAUUUUGAGGAACCAGUCUGAGAGUGAGGGAACUGCUUACCUGGUGACAGGAACUGUACCUUCACAAGAUCGUAGAAUACCAAGACAAGAGGAAUUUGAUGAUGUUAGCAAAAGAGAUUUCCACAGAGUCACUGUUCCUACUCAUAUCUGGACAGCUGUCUGUUAUAAGCAUAAUGUUGAUGAUGAGAAGUCCUUUUCAUUUGGCUAUAUAGGGCUAAAUCAUCCAAACAGUACAAUAAAUGUCAUGACUGUACCACAACUUAAUGCUGAGCUGCCUGCUCUCUAUGGUACAUCUAUAGUAAAUAUUUUCACAGAUGACUGUUUUUCUAACAAUCGUAAAUCUGAAGGAAUUAUCCGACUCCUUUACCAGUCCAUCCAGCUGCCCAUUAGUGAAACUGAUGCUUCAAAGAAGUCAGAGGUAACAGAACUGCUUACAGAGGAGGGAAUACACUGCAUGGGCUCUUGUCUGUACAGGGACAACUCUAGAGAUUAUUAUUGCUGUGACCAAAAAAAUAGAGAGAUACCAUGUUCUCCUGAUUAUUCCAAUGUAACAGUAUAUGGAGACAAGUGUUGGAGUGACCACACCUGUGGAACACAUGGUUAUUACUACUAUUGGUGUUAUACACACACAUCAUGGGAUUACUGCAGUCCCCCUCCCUUACCACUGGGCAAAGGAGUAGGGAAGUACAGGGGAGAUGGGAGCAUGUGCCGUUCUGACUACAACUGUGGCUGGUAUGGUAAUAAAUACACCUGGUGUUACACUGAUUACAGUAAUACCUGGGACUACUGCUGCAAUAUUGAUGCUUACCCAUUCUCUGCUCUAAAUGGCAUGACCUGCAAGACUGACCAUCCAUGUGAUUACUAUGGUUAUAAUUACCUCUGGUGUUAUACCACAGAUGGGAAGUGGGACUACUGCUGUUCCCUGUGA